AUGUCGUCAAACAAGCGUCGUAAACUCGAUACUCCAGCUGCCCCUUCAUCAGCAGUAAGCGCAAUAAGCGCACUUGCAGCUCGCCGUCGCUUAGUUGCUAGCACACCCGCCAAGGAGCCCAGCUCCUCUCCCGAGCCUGAAGAACGAGCGUCGGCCAGGACAAAUUCCUUCAAUGUCUUGCAGAAAUUGAAAACCCAGAGCGAGCCGUCAAAGCCAUCCCCCAAAAGAAAUGGGCCAAAAGGCACUCGUGGCGAACCAAGGGCCGCAGCACAGGGCAGUAAGCUCAGUGAUUCUUCUAUACAAGAAACGACAGCUACAAUUUCUCGAACCGCGUUUUCAUCCUUCUUACUAAGUAAAAAUAAUUGCCGUACGACAUCACAGGGCACCGUUGCGUUGAAACUAAGAGACAGUGAGAGAUUUAUUGUUAUUGGUAGCUUUGGAAUCAAGGCCAUAGCUGGUGAAGUAACUGUUUUUGGAGCCACUCUCCGGCCAUCAGACCCCAUACACUGGAUACACGCACCUCAUUGUCACGCCAUUCCCGUUCUCAGAACCUCGGAAAAGGUCAGCCUCGAGCUUCACAAUGACCCCAAUGCUGACUCUUUACGGCGCCUGAGCCGUUUAUCUCCUCUAUUUAAAGGCAUAUGGAGCGAAUCAAAAGAUGGACCUACAGAGACAAGCCUAGGAAGGGGGCGCACGUUCCAGAUUGUAUGCAGCUCCGAUGACGCUCCCAAGAAGUGUGUUAUACAAGAGCUCUCAUCCCCUCCAGCAUGGAACAAAAAGUUAGCUGAUCUCGUGUCAGUGGCUAAAGGUAGUCCUUUCACAACCCUUGUAUGUGGCCCUAAAUCUGCCGGAAAGUCAACUUUCUCCAAGAUGCUUGUAAAUCGCAUCUUGACGAGCGAUACAACUACGGCGGCGCGAACGGGUGUCGCCAUUCUUGACCUGGAUCCUGGUCAGCCUGAAUAUGCGCCUUGCGGGACAAUAUCUUUGGUUCAUGUCAUCCGGCCCAACCUGAGUGCUGCCUUUACUCAUCCAGAUCUUGAAGAUGACUCCUACAAAGUCAUUAGAUGCCAUGCUUUGGCGUCCAUAACACCAGCCGCGGCUCCGGAGCACUACCUGGAGUGCGUGUUUGACCUUCUUGACAGCUACCGAAGACAGCUCCGUAAUUGCCAUCUUCUCAUCAACACCCCGGGCUGGAUUCUAGGCACUGGUCAAGACUUGCUGGUUGAAAUCAUCACUCGGGUCAACCCGCCUGAGGUGAUUUACAUGUCUGAAGAUGGCCCUGCGGACGUUGUCGAAGUUCUGCGUGGCGCGACAAAGAAAAUCUUUACUACGCUUCCCUCACAGCCAUCCGAAUUCGCGUCUCGAACCGCCGCUCACCUAAGAGCCAUGCAAGCUAUGUCGUACUUUCACUUGCAAGGCCAGAGUAGCCCGAGUUCUGCGCAGCGGUCAAGCUGGAAUUCAUCGCCAUUGGCAUCCAUUCCGCCCUGGCAAGUCCAGUAUUCGGGCCCAAAGCGAGGAGUUUUUGGGAUUUUAUUAUACGACUACCAGGCUCCGUCUGAGCUGCUCUCAGAAGCCAUUAAUGGAAUGAUCCUUGCAGCAGUUGACAUUGAAUACCCAAAAGCAUUCCGCAAUCUCGCCAAUACAACUCAGUCACCAAUGGAUGACGCGGAUAAAGAUGGCUACUCUGCUAUAAACACCGUCAUCUCAAAGACGGCAGAAGGGCUACCAUACAUCUCAAACACCGACGACAUCACGCUCGAUCCUCGUUUCUCUCAAACCGUCGGCCUCGUUCUCGUCCGAGGCAUCGACAUCGCCACUAAGACGCUCCAUAUCCUCACCCCCAUUCCGCCUCAGAGAAUAGAGCAGAUACGGUUGCAGGGCCGACAAAUCGUGCUGGUUCACGGCAAGUUCGAUGCACCCACCUGGGCUUACACAGAGGACUCUUACGAGCGCACCAGGCAAGAGGAUACUAAUGCAGACAAACCUCUCGAAAUCACAAGCGAAGACACAAGCGAGGACGAAGAUGAAGAUCAUGUUGGCGACGACGAUGAAGAGGACGCCACAAUGGCCGAUGCGCCGCUGGAUCAAAAUGCCGGCUCUUCAACCGCGCUGCCGUGGGUCGAGGUGCUUCGGGGGAAUCAAAAGCGGCCAGUCGGGUCGCGUGUGUGGAGAGUGCGGAGGGACCUAGGCCGCAAUACCGGGGGUGACUGA